AUGAUAGCACCCGAAAAGGCCCCAGCGCGGGUGCCCAAAUUUUUGGCUUCCGCUUUGCCAAUCCCACACCAGUGGACCAGUGUACCUGUGGAUCCACAUUUCCCCCUCGCGCCUCCCCCUCCAAAGUGCGGUGCUUUUGGUCACUUUCGGUCAUUUUGGUCGCUGGCUGACAUGGCCUGGCCCUCUGGUUGGUCCGCUCACCUUGGGUCCGCCACUGUCUUACUGCAGUACUUGUCAUUUGUACCUGCCACUUGUACCUACCUUACGCCGAAACCCCCUGUACCCAGCCUAAACCCCAUCAAACACCAAUGCCUAGUAAAAACGACACUUACGACAUCACUUCUUGCUCAUUCUUCCGCCGCCAGAUGCGCCGAAACCCGAGCCACCAAAACCUCGAGAGAAACUACGAAUCUGACCCGCGCGACGACCCCGAGCGACGACGAGGCACGAUCUCCGUGCUUCACUCUUAUCCAUAACCCUCCUACCAAAGUGACGGCCACUACUGGUAUAGGGCGCGACCGGGACACCGACGCGCGCCCCUCGUUCACGAGCAACCCAUACUUUUACACGGAGCGGCCACCUUAA